UCAGGUUUCAGAGUGAAAAAAGGGAGAAAAGAAAAGAGACUGGACGAGGCGCCUUUCUGUGGCAACGCUGAACUUUUUUAUGGAGCCAGUCAGACUGGAGAAUGAAGAUCUGUGCAGGGUUAACAGUUUUCCUGACUAGCAUUUUCUUCAGAGAUGUUUGCACAGCCAUUAAUGCCACAGUCACUCCAUCUCCGUUCCUGGUGGCUGUUGAGGGUGAAAACGCCACUCUUUCAUGUCAGGUGAACCAGCAGCACAAAUCAGACACGGCUCUUGCGCUACGCUGGAUUUUCCAUCCCGCGUCUGGAGGAGACGAGCAGCUCCUUGCCAAAGUGAACACGAGGAAGGCCAAAUUCUAUGGAAACUACAGCAAGAGUUUCCCCACUCCUAAGAUCAAGUUAAUAGUAGUGAAGCAGGGCAAGAUCUACAACCUCUUGAUCAUCAACAUUACUAGAUAUGACAGAGGCUUGUACAGCUGCAAAGUGCAGGAGUUUAAGAAGCAUCAGGAAAGAUGGAAAUCGUCAGCCAACUUCACAACAGCUACGGAACUUAAAGUGCACUUCCUUCCAUCAACCAAUGCCAAGGAUGGGCUUUGGAGCCUGUUUGAAGAUGUAUAUCUAUGUGCGGUGCUGAUUUGCUGUGUUGGGCUUCUGUGCAUGUGUAUGUUUACCGUGGCUGUAGGCUGCCAGUAUGUGCGAAAGAAGAGGCAUUUAAAAGAAAAUUAUCAUUUGGUGAAGAGUCCACAAAACAGUUCUGGAGAAACAGUCACUAGUGUGGUUAGCCUAUCUCCAGCUCUUCCCAAGAAGCAAAAGAAUUACAAGACAAAGAAAAAAAUCGAACAGGUGGAAACACCUCCAGAGAUCCCAGCUAAAGCACCCAUUGCUGACCGACUGAGAAAGCCAAAACUUUUAAAACCUCAACCAAGAAAGAUUGUUUUGCCGAAGAUUGCAGAGGAGAGCCUAACUUACGCAGAACUCGAACUGGUUAAACCUCUUCCAGAUGCCAAAGCUUCAAAGACAGGAACUGUGUAUGCCCAAAUCCUUUUCGAGGACAAAAUGGUACUCAAGCACUCUGCAUUUAGACUGCUACCCAAGAUAUCCAGCAGACUGAUGAAAGAUAGUGGUAAAGAACAUUCCACUGUGUUUUGUCCGACACAUCUCAUAGCUGUACUGUAUAAACAACCAUUUUUAGCCAUUGACUGCCCUGUAACUACUCUUGUUAUCAGACGCCCCUUUCAUCUGUGUGCCAAGAUCAAAUCCCUGCUCUGGCUAUGCACAAAUUAGUAAGACAAGGUAGACUUUGAUUGCUAGUUGGAGCUGAAGAACCAGACGUAAGCGCAAAAUACAAAAAAAUAAAAAAGUUUGCUUUAAUCACUGUUGGCUAGUGUAUGUUUAGUGCAUGCUAAGCUAAUGUACGAGCAAAAUACUGACUAAAAUUAAAAUGCUGAUGACUUUCAUAUCUGUAUCCACCAGUGUUUAGGGACCAGUAUCAAAAUCGCCUUACAUGCCAUUG